AUGGCCACCAACGGCCACCCAGCAACUCCYCCCGCCCAAGAGUCAGCAGCACCAUCAGCACCACCAGCAACAGCAACAGCACCAGCAACAACAGCACCAGCACCACCCUCCCCCAAAGCCCAACCAGCUCCCUCACAAACACAAACCCUCCCCGAAGUACCCCUAACCUCCACCCAAGACGACGGCCUCUCCAAACGCCCCCGUGACGCCCGCCUCAUCCACCUCGUCCUCUCCUCCCAAGGAAUCCACUCGUACCAAGAACGCGUACCCCUCCAACUCCUCGACUUCGCCUACCGCUACACCUCAGGCGUCCUCUCGGAUUCCCUGCGCCUCUCCGCCGAAGGCUACCACAACCCCCCCGCAGCCACCACCAGCACUUCGAAUGCUACGGGAGGAGCUCCCGCGCCUGCCGCAUCCGCCAAAGCAAAAGCCGCGGCGGAUGAUAGUGGGAAUAUCACCGUGACGGCUCUGCGGCAGGCGAUUGCCAGUCGGCAUGGAUAUGCUUUUCAGGGCGCUCUGCCCAAGGAAUUUAUGAUGCAGCAGGCGGCGCAGAGGAAUCUUAUUGGGUUGCCCAAGGUUGAGAGGGGGUAUGGCGUGCAGUUGCCGGAUGAGAAGUAUUGUUUGACUGGCGUUGGGUGGGGGUUGAAGGAGGGGUGGGAGAGUGAGGAGGAUGUGCCCGUGUUGCAGGAGGAUGGAGGGAGGGUGGCUGUGGUGGAGAGUGGGAAGGAGGAUGAGAGGAUGGGAGGGAUGGAUGGUGGGGCAGAGGAUGAUGAUGAUGAUGAUGAUGAUGAUGAGGGCGCGGGGAGGAUGGAGGAUGUCUUUGGCACGGAUGCGGGUGGGGAUACUAGUAUGAUGGAGGAUUGA